AUGGAGGAUCUCACAAAGCAGGACGCAUAUAGAAACAGAACAGCUUUGACAUUUUUAAUACUCCAUGGCUUUGGGAAUCUGAAAGAACUUCAGUUUUUUAUCUUCCCACUCUUUUUAGCAAUAUAUGUCUUAACGAUAAUUGGGAAUGCUCUCAUUUUAGUAGCUAUUUCUUUUGAGAGACGGCUCCACACACCAAUGUAUUUUCUUCUUGGCAACUUAUCAUUCCUAGAGAUCUGGUACAUUUCAAACAUCACCCCUAAGAUGUUGGUAGAUUUAUUGAGAAAGGAGAAAACCAUUUCAGUGACAGGUUGCAUCAUACAGCUGUACAUUUUCUGUGCCCUUGGAACUGUUGAAUGUUUUCUUCUGUUGCUGAUGUCCUAUGAUCGCUAUCUUGCCAUCUGUAACCCACUUCACUAUACAAAGUUGAUGAGCUGGAAUUGUUGCUUUAAAUUAAUCACUUGUACAUGGUUAUGGGGCUUCUUGUCAGCUGCUGCUUUGAAUUUGAUUGUAUCCACUUCUUUAACACUCUGUGGUCCUAAUCAUAUCGAUCACUUCUUUUGUGACUUGACACCCUUGUUGAAAUUGUCUUGCUCUGACACCCACCGAGCAGAAGUGGCUAUUUUCGUAGCAUGUUUUGCAGUGUCACUGUGUCCUUUCAUCUUGACCAUCACAUCAUAUGUCUAUAUUUUAUUGACUAUUUUCAAAAUCCCAUCUUCCUCUGGAAAGAAGAAAGCUUUUUCCACUUGUAGUUCUCAUCUUAUUGUAGUAAGUACUUUCUAUGGGACACUGGGCAUUACAUAUGCAGUCUCCAUAGGGACAGAAUCAGUAGAAUCUAACAAAAUACUUUCCCUACUGUAUACUGUCCUCACUCCUAUGUUUAAUCCCAUUGUAUACAGCCUGAGAAAUCAAGAGGUUAAAGAAACUCUGAGUAAACUGUUUGGCAAUAUUUCAGCUUCCAUACACUGGUCCUAUGCUAUUCCAAAUUAUUCAUCAUCUCCCUGUUCAAAAAGUUGGAUUGCUCAACUGGGACUUCUUGUGAGAAAGCUCAAUAUCAAAAGAACUGACUCUUCAUAG